UGUUUUUAAUUGAAUGUCAUUCGAUUCGUUGUUAGAAUUUCUCGUUUCGGCACGUUACGUUUCGCUCAAAACUUUUCGGUAUUUUCCGCAAUAUUCCGGCAAACGCACUCAACGCUACAUACUUAUAUCGUGGAUUAUUUAACCAAUACAAGAGGUUUCUCAAGUGCAAGAAAAUCAUCUUAAGAAUGGCCAGUGCACAAUUGCAAAACUUUGAACCAUCUGUGUUUGAGCCAAAUAAAUUUUUGCAAAGUCGUCUGGAGUCACAAUCACCUUUGUCUUCGUCCUCAUCCGCGUCUUCGUCGUCGUCUGCCAAUAAUGAUAAGGAGCUGCAGCAAGGGGAUCAGGAUCAGAAUCAGGAGCUAGAAGCUAGUGUGUCUGACGAACCGAAUGAGCAAACCUACAGAAUCGAAUAUAAACAUCCACUUGAACAUGUCUGGACACUGUGGUAUCUGGAGAAUGAUCGCACCAAGCACUGGAAGGAUAUGCUCAAUGAGAUAACCCAGAUAGACAGUAUCGAAACGUUCUGGAGUUUAUACUAUACAAUCAAAACACCAUCGGAGCUCAAGAUUGGCAGCGAUUACUAUAUGUUUAAACAGGGCAUUCAGCCCAUGUGGGAAGAUGAGGCAAACAUUAAAGGCGGUCGCUGGCUUUUUACUGUUGGCAAGAGCUCCAAGGAUGCACUCGAUCGCAUUUGGCUGGACAUUUUGCUCAUGAUGGUGGGCGAGUCCUUUGAAUAUGCCAGUGAAAUCUGUGGAGCUGUCGUCAAUAUACGCGCCAAAAGCAAUAAAAUUUCUGUCUGGACAGCUAAUGGUACAAAUGAGCUGGCCGUUUUGGAGAUUGGCUUUAAGCUGAAAACUUUGUUGCACCUACAAUCUCACAAUCUGCAGUAUCAACUGCAUUCGGAUGCCAUGUCGAAAAUUAAUUCGGGAGUUCGAUCUGUAUAUAGUCUAUAAAGGAUUUGUCUUUUUUUUUAUUAUUAUUUUACAGAUUAGUGUGUGCAGCAGAUGAGACUGGCGUAAUAUGCUCGUGUCGUAUAUAUAAGAAAUAUGCAUGUAGUAUAUGAAAUUAUUUUAAUAUCGGGACCCAAAUUGUAUAUUGAAAUUCCAGCAAAUUAAGGCAACCAAAUUAGGGUUCAUGAACUUUACUAAAUAUUAUGAAAAUCGUUUGCCGUAGAUAAUAAGGGCAAUAAAAGAAUAUUUGUAUACCCUGUAA